AGACGAAGGACUGCCGCUUGCCGAGGUCGGUCGCGAACGUUCGCCGCUUGGGCGCCUCCCUUCUACUGUGCUCUGCGAAUGAAUCUGCAAGACUCGUCCAAAAGUUUAGUCGCCAUGCCGACUGACUACGAAGUGAAGCUGCUCGUGAUCUGUGCCAUCGUCAUCGCUGCAAGCGUGAGCCGCAUGGUGAGCCUGAUGUGGCGCCUGCCCAAGAUCACCGUGAGCGUGGCGUGCGGCCUGCUGCUGGGCCUGCUCGUGGGUCCCGACGCCACGGGUCAGGGCGCCGAGGCGAGCAGCAUUCCGGUGUACGCCAGCAUGUACGUGCCGGCCGUCACCUACACCGUGACCAUACAGAUGCCCUACCACGUGCUGUGCAGCUGCGCCGUCACGUGCCUCACGCUGGGCACCGCCGGACUGCUGUUGUCGGCCCUGCUGAACGGGCUAGCGAUGUACACGUCGCGGAUAAUAGACAGCCCGAUGCGGGACCUGUUCUACUCGAGCCUGCUCAUGUCGUACCAGGAGCCCAUGGUCAUCUCCGACGUCAUCACGCCCUCGCCGUUCAAGGCCCGCAUCAUGGAGACAGUGCUGGCUGGUGAAGCGCUCGUGUCCACCUCACUCUUCUUCUUCUGGGAGGUGGUCGACAACGCCUGGGACAGCGUCAGCGCAACGCGCGUGGCCACGUGGUUCGCGUGGUUCGUGCUGGGCAGCCUGGUGCUGGGCAAGGCGGUCGGUCACGCCAUGGCGUACGUGCUCGACCACCUGCACUACGAGGCGACGCUCAUGUGCAGCCUUUCGCUGGCGUCCGUGUACAUCACCUACUACCUGGCCGACCUGUUCAUGUUCCGCGGAGGCAUGCUGGGCGUCAUCGCCAUGGGCCUCACCAUGAAGUCGUGCGCCACCUCGGCCGCCAUGACCGAUGAUGAGCCCUUUCUCAGGUUCUGGAGCACGUACCGGUACGUUCUCUGCGUGCUGCUGACAUUCCUAGCGUCAAUGCGCGUCGGCCGCGACCUGAUGCACAUCCGAAACUACGGCCGACCCGUCUACAUGCCCACCGUCUACUGCAUCAUCCGCCUCAGCAACAGGGUGAUCACCAUCGUGGUGCUGUUUCCGGUGCUCCGGCGCACAGGCUGCCAGCUCAGUGCUCGCCAGGCCAUGGUGCUCGCCUGGGUCACCCUCAAAGGCCCCGUCACCAUGGUGGCCCUGUCGACCAGGGCCGUCGGCGCGCUCACCUACCUGCCCUUCAUCGCGGAGCGCCUGACUCGUGUGCUGUCCGUGGUCGAGAGCUGCCUGAUCCCCGCCCUCACGGUCACCCCGCUCAUGAGGUUCCUCGGUAUGCUUCAGCUGGACGCCCCUGAGUCGGCGCGGGUGCGGCGAUCGAUGAAGUCCAUCUGGAGCGCGGCGGCCAAGUCCCGAGAGCGCCAGCGUUCUCAGCGAAACUUCAGCGGCGCCGACUGGAAGUGGAUCGAGGGACACAUCUACGUGGCCGACUUGCUCUCGCUCGGAUACCGGCUGGAGAAAGCCGAGCCGCAUGAACCGUUAAAACCAGCGAGAAAAAAGGCGCAGCGAAAUAUGUCCAGCAGGCUCAACCGGAUGACCAAGGUCAUGUUCAAGGACGAAUUCACAGAACGACACGGUUCGUCCUUCUGCAUCGUGCCCACCCGAGGCCACCCCGUCAAGGCCUACAUGGAGGUCAACAGGAACAUCCGCACGCUACAGACGGUGUCCUUACGGAGGCAGUUCGAGAGCGGCAUGAUCCACCCGGAGACCUACGCGAAGAUUCUCACCACCUUACAGACGAAAGUCAAGGACGAGUCGUUUCUCGACUUGGCAGCGAUGAAGAAGCUAUUGUAUUUGCCAGACUUGGUGUUCGCCUUCAAAGACAAGGUCCUGUCGGCGCUUCCCGAGCCCGGCGACAGCAGCUCGUGGUCGACGAGCGGCUGGGGCAGCGAGCUCCUGUCGCCCGGCCAGGUGGUCAGCAACCGGCUCCGGCGCACCCAGGUGUGCAUCCUCUUCAACGCGCUCGCGGCGCUCUCGCUGGCCGCGCUGCUCGCCGGCGUUCUGGUGGCCGCCCUGGAGCACCCCUCGCCCCUCUUCACCACCGCCUCGGUGGCCCUGCAGGGGUGCAUCCUGCUGCUGCACUCGGUCGAGCUCGUCGUCAUGUACGCGCGUAGCCCGACGGCGUCGUUCCUGGCGGUGGACACGUCGGCGCGCCUCGACCUGGCCGCGUACCUGCUGCAGCUGGUCCUGUUCUGCGCGUCCUCCUGGUGCUCGGCGUUCGACGUGCCCCUGCACCGGUGCUGGCCGCCCGUCGCCCUGUUCGUCGCGCUCGCCGCAUGCCGGGCUCACAAGUUCUGGGUCCACCGGAGGAUAAUAUCGGAGGCGGGGCUCCUCUGGCUGGACCAGGCGAUCAACCAACGCGUGUUCCGCAUGUACGACAUGGCCGUCGCCUUCAUCAACUCCGAGGAAGAAGUGGUCAAGAGCGUCGCCGCUGCACAAGUUAGCGACCAGGUGACGGUCUUCAUGCGCGAUGAGGCCAACACCAACAAGCUAGAGCCCCGCCAUUUCCUGGGACACGCGAGCCCGGAGCGCUCGCCCAGACGCACUACAGUGAUGACGCCACUGCACCUUAAGUCCAUCCCAGUCAUCCGGCUCGGCACCUACAAGCGACGCCGUCACAGCCCGUACCAAUCCGUUUUUAGACUGAACGUCAUGCAGGACGCGGCAGUCGAGACGCCAUGGACCUCUAGAUGA